AUGUUCCAUACUAGUCAAUCAUUACCAGUCCAGAUACAACCUGCACAUCUGAGACCACUGGCAUAUCGUACGUUAUCGAAAAAAUAUGGUCUAAGUAUAAAAUCUGAUGGGUUAGCUGCAUUGGCUCAAUUCAUAGGACAGAACUUCGGCAUCGAUUGGAAGAAGAAUCCAGAGACGAUAAAGUUUCUUGAGAAUUUUGCCACUGUAUGGAAACAACAGGAAAGAGGUCUCUUUGUGGAUGGCCAAGGGGUUCAGCAGGUUAUCAAUGAAAUCCAAGAGAGGCAAAAAAUAUUGUCUCGAAAUAUUAAUACAAUUACAAGAAAUAGAGAAUUUGAGAAUUCGAAUAAUAAUAACAAGAAUAAUUUAGACAAAUAUUUAAAUUCCAACAAUAAAAAUAAUAAUGAACAAGAAUUAUCUAAAAAGAAGUCCCCAGAGGUACCCAUAAACUCAUCAGGAUCCAAUUCUUCAGACAUCGAACAAAAUCAUAUAUAUCAAUCGCCUGAACCAAUUGAUACAUUACCUAACGAGAAUGAAAACGAUGAAGAUAUGGAAUCAUCUAUGAUAGCAAACACAUCAAUGGUAAUCCCUGAUUUAUCUCAGGAUAAUAUCACUGAUUUAGAUGAUAUACCUAUGGGUGAUGCUGAUCCCUCAUAUCCGUUAUUAAAUAAUAACCAAACCAGUCUCUCAAAUUUAGAAGGCUCGAAGGAAGAACUUAAUUGGAGAGACUAUUUCAAGUUUAUUAAUGCUACAGAAUUACAAAAAUUCUCUUAUGAUCCAUUAAAGAUGCAUUUUAUUUUCACACCAUCAAAUAGAACAAAUUCGCCACAAAAUUUCAAAUUGAAACUUCCCACUGUAAACGCUAAUACUAGAAUGUUUUCUACACGAUAUUACUUAGUGAGAGAUAGGAUAAUGCGUAAUGAGGCCUUCCAAAGCACAGAUGCUUACAACCCUCUUUCAUCCAUGAUGUCCUUAAAGAAAGAAUUGACACCUGGUUUCCGACCUUCAAGUUCGACAGGUUCAUCUAUGUCUAUAACUCCUGUUAAAAAUUUACUUGGUAGAGAUGGUCAAAAUUUCUUGAUUUUGGGACUCUUAAGAAAAAAUUCAAAAGGGAAUUGGACCAUUGAAGAUCCUUCUGGCAUUACAGAAAUUGACAUUUCACAGGCUAUUCCUACAGAGGGUCUCUACUAUGUGCCUGGUUGUAUUGUAUUAGCAGAAGGUAUAUAUUUUACAGUAGGUAACAAAUUUCAUGUGACAUCUAUGACACAACCACCUGGCGAAAGAAGAGAAACUACUAUGGAAUCCAUCGGUAAUAUUGAUUUGUUAGGUAUUAAUGGCUUAUCAAAUCCAAAUUAUAUCUCAAGAUUAAGUAGAGAUUUAAAGAUUAGGUUACAUUAUCUUGAGCAGGACCUUGCAUAUCAUAGAUAUAUAAUCCUUGGUGGUGAUAUAUUCUUAAAUCAAAUGGAAACUAUGGAUGCAUUAAGGAAAGUAUUUACCAAAAUUAAUGAUGAUCCACCUACAAUGAUCUUAUUAUAUGGGUCCUUUUCAACAGUACCUGUCUAUUCGUCAAUGACAAGUAAGAUGAUUAGUUCGACAACUCAAUAUAAAAACAACUUUGAUACCCUUGCAUUAUUAUUGUCCGAGUUUAAAAACUUGAUAGAAGAAACGACGUUUGUGUUUAUUCCAGGUGUUAAUGACCCUUGGAGUUCUACUAGUUCGCUGGGUAGCGCCAAUCUUUUUCCACAAAGGCCUAUACCAACAGACUUUCAACAAAAGAUGAAUAGAGUCUGUAAAAAUGUUGUUUGGGGUUCUAAUCCAUUAAGAAUUGCAUAUAUGUCACAAGAAAUAAUAACCAUAAGGGAUGACUUAGACGAUAGAUUUAAGAGACAUAGUGUCAUAUUUCCAAUGGUUGAAGAACAAAAAGAAGAAAAUGUAGAUGAAUUGGAAAGACAGCUUGAAGAUGUCUCUAUUAACGAUUCCACUAUCAUUCAUCAAUUAAUUAAGGAUACUCAUCAACUACCUACCGAGAUAGAACAAUCAAGAAAAUAUGUGAAGACAUUACUUGAUCAAGGAAACCUUUCACCAUUUUUAACGACAAUUCGUCCAGUUGUCUGGGAUUUGGAUCACUCUUUAACUAUGUAUCCUAUUCCAUCGAUCUUAAUUGUCUGUGAUACAUCUGCCCCUCGGUUUGACGUUACGUACAACGGUUGUAAGACUUUAAAUCCUGGUAAAUUUUUAUUAAAAAGAUGUGCAAGAUACUUGGAAUACACACCAUCAUUGAAGAGGGCUACACAAGAAGAGGUUUACUUUUAG